CGUGAGAUGAGAGGAGUAUUAUGUACAGAACUUGUCGCAUAGUAAUCUUGUUUUGUUUUGUUUGAGGAGGUUGGGAGCCGAAUCAGUUUAGAUUAGAAAUUUAGAAUGUCUGUAUCUGCCCGCGAAAUCCAACAAUAUUUUGACUCUUGUGCGAUGUGCGAUGGAACAACCUUUGCCUUCGCAACGAACGCCGCGCGUGUCUCUCCUCCGCUGCAUCCUAGUCGCCUCCUGCAUCACCGUCAUGCCGCCGGACGCCGAUGAGUGGGCCGUGGUCGAGCGCCGGGGCCCGCACCUGCUGGAGUCGGGGCGGCCCUUCGUCGUCCACGGCUUCAACACCUACUGGCUCAUGUACUUCGCCGCCGACCCCGCCACGCGCCCCACGGUCACCGCCGCCCUCGCCGAGGCGGCCGACGCCGGGCUCAACGUUUGCCGCACCUGGGCCUUCAACGACGGCGGCGACCGCGCGCUGCAGCUGAAGCCCUCCUCCUACGACGAAGAGGUCUUCCAGGUGAGCUUUGGCUGCUUCGGGUGGGCACGGCACGAUGCAUGUUUGAUGAAAUGCGUGGCAACUUGCUUGGGAUAUUGAUGAUGCAGCCAACUUGCUUGGGAUGCCAAUUUUGAUUGGGGAGUUUGGGGUAUCACUUAAGGACGGGAGGUUCGGCAAUGAAUUCCGAGAAUCUUUCAUGGAGACAGUUUACACAAUUUUCUCGAGCUCUUGGAAGAGUGGAGUGAUUGGGGGAGGCUGCCUUGUUUGGCAGCUCUUCCCUGAAAGUGCAGAGCACAUGGAUGAUGGUUAUGCAGUUAUUUUCAGAAAAUCAUCAUCCACAUUAAAUGUGCUUUCAAAUCACUCAAGGACUCUGGAAUAUUGAGAAUGUGCUGCCUACUUUUCUUCUUACCUAUAUUACACGGUCCAUGUUCUAAGUUUCUUUUUCAAGCCAAAGACAUCUGAAAAUUUGAAUGCUCAGUGUGUAAAUUGUAAGGCCCUAGUAUAUGUUGUCUUUUGGCUCUCAAAACUAAUGUUAUGUUAUGUAAAGAAAAGCUAAAAUACUAAUUUGUAAGGUGAAAUUCCAUCCUUCCAUCAUGCACUUACCUAAUGGCAUCAUAACAAUAUCCUUAUGUACUGGAGUAUUUUCUUGUUUGAAUACAAACUGUUGUUUCAUCCUUUA